AUUUGAAGACUUACAAGAUCGACUAUUAGCCCAUGAAGAGUCUCUACAAAGAGAGGAGGCUCUUGUUGGUGAUACCAAUGCACCAAUUACCGCACAAUUUGCUUUUGUGCAUCCUCGUACUGUUGGAAAUCCUAGCGGCUAUGGUGUCUUCAAUGCUUGGAACUCGCCAAUUUAAUGGGUAUGCCUUAAAGGGUUGUGGAGGAGCCCGAGGAAACCGUGGAGCCCGAGGAGGGAAAAAUAAUCGGAAUUCCUCCAACAUGUAUAAUGGUUACAAUGCUAAUGCAUGUCAAUUGUGCAAUGGUUUUGGACAUUUUGCCAGGAACUGUCCUGAACUCAAAAAUCAUGCUCAUGUUGCCAACUUUGCAACAAUUUCCACUUUAAAGAAGGGUGAUUGGUGGAUAGAUUCUGGAGCCUUUGAUCAUGUUACUCUUGACUUGGCAACCUUAGCACUUCACUUAGAAUAUGAUGGGUCUGAUGAACUACUCAUUGGUGAUGGAUCAGGAUCGAACUACGGGGGCGACGCUUCUUCGAGGGCCCAAUCAGCAUGGCGUGUAUCGUCUACCCCUUCAAAAUCCAAAUAAAUUGAGUUCGAUGGCACUAAUUGGUGAAAGAACGUCCCCCUUGGAUUGGCAUGCAAGAUUGGGACAUCCUUCAUCAAAAACUCUAAAUAAAAUUAUUAGCAGUGUUCCUUUACCCCUUUCUAAUAAAUCUAGGUCUUCUUUGUGUGAGCCAUGUUUUUGUGCCAAAAGUCACAAGUUGCCUUUUGGAGCCUCCUCUAUUUCAAGCAAUAAACCUUUAGAAAUAAU